UUUGCAGAUAGUAUUACAUUUAGAAUUAAUUUUUAUUACAUUUACGGUUGGUAUUACAUUUAGCGUUGAUACACACGAUUCCUUGAUACAUUUCGAGGAAACAAACAGCCCAGUACAGCUUAAGAACGUUGUUGUUAAAGAAAAUAGCAAAUGCAUUUUCAACCAACAAUCAGCCGUACAUAAGGCAGGCUUAUGUGUCAUUUAGCUGCAUCGACCAACCAAAGCUUGAAAGUGCGGCAGAAUCAAGUGCUGUCAUGUCAGUUACCGUGUCUGAAGUAAAGAAUUUGCACCCAAACCAGAAAGUAAAUAUCAGUGGUUCCCUCACUAUGGGAAAAGAAGAUCUCAAGGCUGUUGUUCUCAGAUCCACUGGGGCAACAGUCCAUGUGAAGGAAGAUUGUGUGUUAGAGGACAAAACUGGCUCGUCUAUGAUUCACAUUUGGGAGCCACUUGUGCAUACCUUAGCAACUGGUAACUCAUACUCCUUCACCAACCUCACGGUGAGAAAUUUCCAAGGAUCUACCUAUCUGAGUACAUCACCAAGCACGACAGCAAACCCUACGACACAAACAGUUGAAACACUGACUGGACCAGGUAUGCUUAAAAGUCCAGAAAAAGAAAUAACCGCCACGGAGUUCAAUUUGGUAUCAAAGCUGAACAUAUUUUGUUCCUGCAAAGUAUGCAAAAAAGGAUUAAACGAUGCGGAAUCAUUCACGUGCACCACACUGAAAUGUGAGAAUUGUGGUACACGACAGAGGUCGAAGGAUACCAAACUUGAGGCUUCAGCAAAACUUUGCGUCACCGAGUCCGAGGGAAACACCAACCAAGAUAUCUGGAUCCUGGUUUUCACAGAGCAACUAGAAGCCCUGCUGGCUGGAUCUAAUUUGUCCAUAAGCGUCCCUGUCCAUAACUAUGGAACAUAACUCGGCAAGGGUCGAAAAUUCGAUUUCGCUCAUAUUUUUAUGGUAGAUAGGCUAGGGCAUGGCAAAAACUUUUGGGUAGUUUUUUUUGGCAAAAUAUCCUUUUAUUUCAAAAAAAAAAUGCAAAUUUCCAAAUUCCGAUAAAAUCAACCUUUAACGCACCAUUUUAUUAAACAAGUUUGAGGGCCUCGCAUUCAAAACCACAUCAUUCUUCCGUCUUUAAAACACUCAAAUAUUUUUGUGCAGUGCUUAAAUGUGUACUGGGCUGAUUUUAGGGAAUGCUGCGGGUUUUUUUGGGUGCAAAGUAAUUAAAUUUCGAAGACAUGUAUUUCAUUCACUUAAAAGU